AUGGUCGAGCAGCAGUUACGCACGGACUCGAUCACUGACCACCCGGACCGCCUGUGGAUCUGGCAGCAGCUCGUGUAUUUGGAUGAGAACCAGUGCACCUGGCUGCCCUUAGUCAUGGAGGUACAGCCCGCGGAUAAAUUACGGGUGCUCUUUCGUCAGGAAGUCACCGUCCUGGGGAAGCCUAUGACCCCCACCCAGAUAGGCCGAAGCCCGCUGCCUCUCAUGUGGCAGCUCUACCCUGAUGGACGAUACCGAUCCUCAGACUCCAGUUUCUGGCGCAUAGUGUACCACGUCAAGAUUGAAGGUGUGAAGAACAUGCUUCUCGAGCAGCUGCCAGCUGACUAA